GGCACGUCUGGCGACGACGCUAGGUGUGGCGGCGUACUUAUCAACUACGAUGUACACUGGCGACGGUGUAGUCAAUCCACACGUUAGAGUCACACGACAGUCUCCUUCGGUAGGUUAUCCGUGGCACUAUCCACUCGCCCUACUAGAUGGACGUGGAGGAGCUCGGUUUCAGCGUUUCUCCAUCGCCUAUAAUCUUACGCUUCACUCUCGUCGUCCUGUUGCUGCUUGUCCGAUUCACAGCUGUUGAAGGUGAAUUUCAUGUGGUUAGUCCACUUCAGCCAAUCGUGGCUGCUCCGGGUGAUGACGUCAUCCUGCCGUUCCAUGUGGAGCCUCUGGUAACCGUGGCGGGACUGACGGUGGAGUGGUCGAGGCCCGACCGUCAGCCGGACCCCAAAGAUCGGCUGAGCCGGGUCGAAUAUGUGCAUCUUUACCGGGACACCCGAGAGGUCCCGGACAUGAAGAUCCCAUCAUACGUCGGUCGGACAGAACUGUUCACAGAAGGCCUGAGACACGGCAACAUAUCGCUCAAGAUCAUGAACGUGACGCUUGCAGACAAAGGGAGAUUCAGAUGUUUCAUCCCGAAGUUAAACAGCCAAAUACAGUCUUCAGUUGUUCAGCUUUUUGUUGAACGAAAAUCUGCUACAACAGAGACGCCUCUGCAACCCAGAAGUCACCAAACUCCUUAUCCGACAAAAGAAGCGGAUGGUAAAGGUGGUUUGUCCAGUCAGAAGAUAGUGAUCGUGGUUGUCUGCGUGGUCUUCCUGAUGAUCCUGGUUGUUGUUGUUGGAGUCAUAAGAUAUUCACCACAUUGUGUCACAAAGUGUCAAAAACAAAAAGGAGCAGCGGGCAGCCCGGGGAACUCCAGAUUUGAGCCAGUGCCUUUAUCAAGAGCAGUGACUGGAUAA